CCGUCCGGGGUCAGCCGUCUGCCUCCGAGCUCCCUGUCGUCGGCUCCUGAGCCUCGGCUUUCCCCCUCCCCCACAUCCCCCCUAGGCUAUCUGCACCGCGACCGCGGCUGCCGCUCGUGUCUUCGUGAAGGGAGAGAGCGCUCGAGGGACAGCGACAGGCUGACUCAAUAAAGUUCCCUCAAACAGCCCCCUCAAAAAAAGAAAAAGGGAAAAAAGAGAAGGCCCAAAGGGAGAGGAGAAAUUCCCCGUCCCCGGCCCGGCCCCUCCCCUUUCCCAGAGGAAAGGCGAGCCCUGCAGGUGAAGGGGCUCUUGGCUCCCGCCGCUGCUGUCGCCGGGGGGCUCCCCGGCUCCCGCCGACUCCAGGCCGGGCCUCCGGAGGGGCGUCGGUCUGGGCGGUUCCCCUGUCAACUGCCGGCGCCCGCGCCCCCGCCCGCCGGCCGGCCCCACUGCGCGGAGGGACGUCGUGAGCUGCCGCCGCCGCCGCCGCCGCCGCCUCUGCUGCCGCCACGGCCCCGGCCCGCCGAGAGACGGGCAGAAGAGCCGCAAUGAGGAGCUUCGAACUGUAGAAGGAAAGUAGGUCGCACCCACUGAAAAUGCCUCUAAGGGACAAGUGCUGUCAGACUGACCACCAUCAUCAUGGAUGCUGUGAACCAGUGUAUAUUCUGGAACCUGGAGAUCCUCCUUUGUUACAGCAACCACUGCAGACUUCCAAAUCUGGCAUUCAACAAAUUAUUGAAUGCUUUCGAUCAGGAACUAAACAACUAAAACACAUUUUAUUAAGAGAUGUGGACACAAUUUUUGAGUGUAAAUUAUGUCGCAGUCUCUUCAGAGGAUUACCCAAUUUAAUUACUCAUAAAAAAUUCUACUGCCCUCCAAGUCUCCAGAUGGAUGACAACCUUCCUGAUGUAAAUGAUAAACAAAGCCAAGCCAUAAACGAUCUCCUAGAAGCCAUUUAUCCAAGCGUGGACAAGCGAGAAUAUAUUAUUAGGCUAGAACCUAUAGAAACUAAUCAGAAUGCAGUAUUUCAGUAUAUUUCAAGGACUAAUAAUCCAGCUGAGGUCACUGAGACAAGUAAUUCUCCUGAUCAAACUCAAGUUCAGAUGCAGGAACCUAACAUUGAACAGUCCAAAACAACUCCAGUUCCAGAUACUGAAGUAGAAAUUGUAGAACCCCCUCCUGCAGAAACAGUUGUGAGUGAAGCAACACCAACUUCUGAUGAACAGCCUCAGGAAUCACACACUGAUUUGGAAGCCUCUGAUAAUUCUGAUUUUGGCCACCAGUUGAUUUGUUGUCUUUGUAGAAAAGAAUUCAAUUCCAGACGUGGUGUUCGUCGACACAUUAGAAAAGUACACAAAAAAAAGAUGGAAGAACUAAAGAAGUAUAUUGAAACACGAAAGAAUCCAAACCAGUCCUCUACUAAAGGGCGCAAUAAGAAUGUUCUAGUAACAUUGAGUAGGAGUUGUCCAGUAUGUUAUAAAUCAUUUGCUACAAAAGCAAAUGUAAGGAGGCAUUUUGAUGAAGUUCAUAGAGGACUGAGGAGGGAUUCAAUUACUCCUGAUAUAGCUACAAAGCCUGGGCAGCCUUUGUUCCUGGAUACUGUUUCUCCUAAAAAAUCUUUUAAGACUAGGAAACAAAAGUCUUCUUCAAAGGCUGAAUACAAUUUAACUGCAUGCAAAUGCCUUCUUUGCAAGAGAAAAUAUAGUUCACAAAUAAUGCUUAAAAGACAUAUGCAAAUUGUCCACAAGAUAACUCUUUCUGGAACAAACUCUAAAAGAGAGAAAGGCCCUAAUAAUACUGCCAACAGCACAGAAAUAAAAGUAAAAGUCGAACCAUCAGACUCUGUAGAAUCUUCACCCCCUUCUAUUACCCAUUCUCCGCAGAAUGAAUUAAAGGGAACAAAUCAUUCAAAUGAGAAAAAGAACACACCGGCAGCACAGAAAAAUAAAGUUAAGCAAGACUCAGACAGCCCUAAAUCAACGAGUCCUUCUGCUGCAGGUGGCCAGCAAAAAACCAGGAAACCAAAACUUUCAGCUGGCUUUGACUUCAAGCAGCUUUACUGUAAACUUUGUAAACGCCAAUUUACUUCCAAACAGAACUUGACUAAACACAUUGAGUUGCACACAGAUGGAAAUAACAUUUAUGUUAAAUUUUAUAAGUGUCCACUUUGCACUUAUGAAACGCGUCGGAAACGUGAUGUGAUAAGGCACAUAACUGUGGUUCACAAAAAAUCAUCACGUUAUCUUGGGAAAAUCACAGCCAGUUUAGAGAUCAGAGCUAUAAAAAAGCCCAUUGAUUUUGUUCUAAAUAAAGUGGCAAAAAGAGGCCCUCCACGGGAUGAAGCGAAGCAAAACGAUUCAAAACAUGAUGGAACUUCUAAUUCUCCCAACAAAAAGUAUGAAGUAGCUGAUGUUGGCAUUGAAGUAAAAGUCACAAAAAACUUUUCUCUUCACAGAUGCAAUAAGUGUGGAAAGGCAUUUGCAAAAAAGACUUACCUUGAACAUCAUAAGAAAACUCAUAAGGCAAAUGCUUCUAAUUCACCUGAAGGAAAUAAAACCAAAGGCCGAAGUACAAGAUCUAAGGCUCUUGUCUGAUUCCUGGAAGAAGAAUGGAGCUCCUCCCCAUGGGAAUAAGAUAAUGUAUAGAGUGGAAGUGAAGAGGCUGUUUUGAAGAUUUCAAGUUGAAUGAAUCUGAACUUGGUGACCACUCAGUGGACCUACAACUGAAUGAUCCUGUCACAGCAGCCUAAAAUGAGGCCAGAAUAACAUCAGUCAACCCACUGUUUCCCCUAAAUUGUCUGGUCACAGCACUGAACUGAAAGGUUAGAAUUGCAGAGCUUUAGAUUUGGAGUGGAUCACUCCAUUGAACACUCCAACUCCUUAAUCAAUCUGUGCAGGAAUGCCUGCAUUUUUCCCAAAGACUAUACUCAUCAUUGAGAUUGGAAUUCCGACUGGCUUCAUUUCUCACCUUUCCUUAUACAAUGUGUAGCCCCUUUACUAGGAGCUUACCAUGUUGGUACCACAUUAAAUUUGGGUACCUGAAUGGCAUAGCCCAAUACAAGUCAGAACUCAACAGAUAUACCAGUUUCAGUCUCCCUAAUAGCAGACAGAGAAUUACAGACAUAUUCCUCCAUAACUGGGAGGAAAUCCUCCUCCAGUACCCUAAGUGACCAUCAGGCUUGAGUCAUUUAUCUAGGUUAACCUGUGUACUUAAGGUCAACCUCAGAAACUCUUUUCAACUUCAUCUUAAUUGCAAUAAGAAUUGCCUUUCUUAUGAUGCAGCUAUUUUGAAGCUCAUCUGGUAUUUCUACAUACUUCUCAAUUGUCAUCAUUUAUGUAUUUAUCACAUUCCUUUACUGGAUUGUAAGAAUGGGACUAUAUCUUAUUUAAUCUUUUUCUGUCCAUACAUCAACUACAGUACUAUGGCCUUAGUAGUUGCUUAAAUACAUGAUUAUUGAAUUGAAUCAUCUCUUGAUUUUUGGCCAAAUAGUCUGGAAAAUUGAAAUUUUCAAAUGGGCCCCUGGGUCUUUGAUAAGUAGAUCUGUGUAAAAACAAACAAAAAAACCCACCAAAAAUCUGAUACACUUUCCUUAUUGUACAAGUAGAAGAAGGAAAGAAAGAGUAGAAUUUAUUCUUAUUUCAGCUGAUAAAUUUUGCAAAGUAUGAGUCCUAGUGGAACAAAACUGUACCAUUCUUUAAACCCUCUCAUCUUAGAAUGAGAAGACUUUGACUCUAUUUAGAACUCUCCCAUUCACCAGGUAUGUGGCUAUGGGACAAAUAGUGUCCCACAGAGUACAGUAGUAAAAAAAGUGCUUGUUCUCCAUUCGGCUGACCUUACUUUGAGUCUCUUGUAUGCUCUGUGUAAGUCACAGGAAAGGCAUGUAUUUUCUUAUCUGUAAAAUGAGGACUGUUGGUUUAAAUGUUCUAGAAUAUUUUCUAUUACUCUGAAUCCUAGUAACUCUUGAACUUAACGUCCCUGGGCCUUAGUUUCUCCAACUGAAGACCUUGGACUAGAAAGUACCUCUUUGUUCUGAAUUUUAUGAACUCCUAUGAGAAUCAUUAGGGCCCUUAGUUUCCUCAUUUAUAAAUUAGCUGAUUGAACUAAGUGAUCUCUAAAUUCUAAAAUUCUAUGUCCUAAGUAAAUAAAUAGCUUGAAAAAGUAGGGAAAGAUAGCACAUUGCAAAUAUUUCUGAGUUUCCUAGCAUUCUAGCAAUAAUGGCUAGGAAUUACAGUUGUUCUUGACUAAAACAAGACAUUUUUUUCAUUCUGUCAAAAGUAUCUGCUCAGAUUCUCCCCAUGAAGCUCAGCCCCCUGCUUAUAUGUCCUUAUGAUAUAUGCAUGCAAUUAAAUGAAAGAUAUUAAGAGUUGGCAGGCUAAAAGUGCCUUGCUAAACAUUUAAUAAAUUAACACUGAGUGUGAAAAUUUUAACCAUGAUUCCAUGUGUGAUUCUGUAUUGAGUUGUAGUAUUAUCAGAAUUUAUUGGCAUUCAGAUAAACAAUUGUUCAAGCAUAGCAUUAUUAAAGAGUGAAAAAUAGAUGGAGAAAAUAGGAAGUCAACCAUUAAUCUGAAAGGAAUGUGUAAUUAAGAUAAUAUACAAAUCAAAUUAAUUUUGGAGGCUAUUUAAAUUUAGAUAUUAAACUAUCUCUGAUGCAGACAAAUAUCUGAUUUAUCAUCUUAAUAAAUACUCUGAUACCAAUGAAUUUAUUUAGUUAGAUUUCCCCCCCUGUUUAUUAUUAGAAGAGAGCUUUUCUCUCUGGCUUUUAAAAAUGUAAGAAACAAUAAUCACAGUCACAAUAGCAAUUUUGGGGCAGUGGCUUUAUGUAAUGUCAAACUUUUUUUACAAAAAAAUUUUGUGUCCCUAGGUACUUUGUAAAAAACAAUCUUUGUAAUUAAUUUUCUUAGCUAGUAUUUUUUCAAAUGAAAUUAAAAAUUUGUUUUAAUUUUUGAAAAACACAAUUUGAGAUCACAAAAUAAUAUACAGAUAUUUGAUUAAAUCCUCUACAGUUUUUACCUUUAUAACAGAAAAUAAUAACCACAGGAACAAUAUGUUAAUAUAAUGCAUGAGUUUAAUUUUUGGCCUGCUUCUCAAAAUGUGGGUCAUUGAAAAUAUUGUUUCUCACAACUUUUUCAACCUCUAAUUGAGAUCAAUUUUUCCUUUUAUAAUAGCUAUAGAAGAAAACCUCAUUUCACACAAAUAGGCUGUUGCAAAUGGGAGUAAAAUUUGUAUCUAUUUCUUUCAUAAGGCAUGAAACUCUUUAUUCAUAUAUGGCUAUGAUAUAAUAUCAUAAUGCUAUCAUAAGAAAAAUUCAUAGGAAGAGUUUUAAGAAGAAUUUUUUGAUUAUAAAUUCUAGGAGAAAUUUCUGUUAUAAAAUGAAUUUAUUUCAUCUUUUUUAUUAUUGCUGACGAUUUGGGUAUUCACUGAAAAUUUUUUUCUUUUUAACUUGAAUAAUUUUCAAAGUCCUUUGGAAACUGAGAAAACCAAACAGUUUUUUCCUCUCAAUAAAUAGAGUUCAAUAGAGUGUUAUGCUCUACCCCGACAUUGUUGUGUUUGGUAUGAGAAAACCAAACAUUUUUUUCCCUUAAUAAAUAAAGCUCAAUAGAGCAUUAUGCUCUACCCCCCAGAUUAUUGUUGCACUAAUUUUGCAAAGGGCCUUUUAUGGACUAAUGGACUUUAAAAAAUCAAAUUAAUUGUUCUUAUAACAUGUGGAAAAACUUUAUGCAUAAAAUACAGAAGCAAAUGAGCAUAGUCACCUAGUUUUUGAUAAACCUAAAGAUCUCAAUUUCUGAGGUAUGAACUCAAAAUUCAACAAAAACUGUUAAGUAAACUGGAAAACAAUCUGUUAGAAACUAGGUAUAGAACAAUAUCUUAUAAUGUAUGGCAAGAUAAGCUUCAAAGAGUUGUAUGACUUAGAUAUAAAAAGGCAGUCUUAAAAAUAUCAGAAGAACAGGGAAAACAUUAUUUGUUUGCAAAUCUAUGGAUAUAGAAAGACUUCUUUAUUAAACAAAGGUUAGCAGGAAACAAAAAAUAAAAUGGACAGUUUUGAUUAUAUAAAAUUUAAAAAAUUUUGUACAAAUAAAUGCAUACAAAAUUAGAAGGGAAGCAUUUAGCUAGGAACAUUUAACAGCAUAUUUUCCUGAUAAAAGAUCUCAUUUCUUAUGUAAGGAACAGAUUCAGUGUAAGAAUAAGAGCUAUUCCUCAUUUGACAAAUGGUCAAAGUAUAUGAGUAGUCAGUUUUCAGAGGAAGAAAUUUAAACUACAAAUA